GCGAACGAUUCUUCCGAGGGGGUUGUCGGCAUUUUUCGAUUCUCUUUUAACGUUACCUGUGUCGGCAUCACUUCCGGUGUCGUUUACCCACCACCAACAAUCUCUCGAAUGCCUCUUAGUUUCUGUGUCGAACGUCUCGCGCACGUGCACGGACUUUCCGGUUUCUCAUUCGGAGAAAUUUACGCCCCGCGUAUCCCUGGCGACGGCCGCUGAUCUAGGCGUCGCGUGACCGCGCGGUUCUUCCGCGUCGAACGGCGAUACUCUUGCCUCGAUCGCGUGGUGAACCCCAAGUGUCAAGUAUAGAAGUAGUGCCGUGGUGGAGUCUACCAGAACGGAUCCCGUGGUAAGCCGUUUCCUCUGGAGGCUCUCAGAAGGCAAUCAAGAUCCAUCGCCGCCCGGAAAUGCCGGAAAGUCAAGUUUUCCACCGUGGGAAAUCAUGACAGGAACAUACCGAAGAUCGAAAGCACGUACGAAGAUGAGGAGCAAGUUGCCAGGGGCGCGAGAUCCCCUGGUGAAACAAGCGACGUAGACGAAGAAAUUGGUCCUGAAGAGGAUUACGAGAACUUGAAGAGAAUGGGUACCAAAGAGUCGAGGUCCUGGGCUUCAGGCGCUAGGGGCGGAUUUCUGCGGGGUGUGGGCCAUCGAGUGAGCUUCGACCCCGAGGCACCGCCACCACCGCCGCAAACUGUGCAUCAGCAAACUACCAGCCUUCUCGAGAAACCGAAAGAAGACUAUAAGGUCAAGAGACACAGCAUUCACGGCAUGAACGAGGAAGAGAACGUGAUAAGACCGCACCAGGAAAUGGCCAGUCUGAAUUACGCGGAGAAGAAAUAUCUUCUCGCGGUGGAGCGCGGGGAUGUGGCUUCUGUGAGAAGGAUGCUGCAACGGGCUCAGGAGUCGAAGAUGAACAUCAAUUGCGUGGAUCCGCUGGGACGGUCUGCUCUUCUUAUGGCGAUCGAUAACGAGAACCUGGAAAUGGUGGAGCUUCUGAUCGAGCACAAGGUCGAUACCAAGGACGCGCUUUUGCAUGCCAUCUCCGAGGAAUUCGUCGAAGCGGUCGAGGUCCUCUUGGAACACGAAGAGACUCUUCACAGAAACGGGGAGCGCCACAGCUGGGAAGCCGUGCCGCCGGAUACAGCCACGUUUACGCCCGACAUCACACCACUGAUUCUCUCCGCUCAUAGGGACAAUUACGAGAUCAUUAAGAUUCUUCUGGAUCGUGGAUCCACGUUGCCCAUGCCACACGAUGUCCGUUGUGGUUUUGUCCGCAGGUGCGACGAAUGCGUCACGUCCAGAAAGAACGAUUCCCUGAAGCAUUCCAGAAGCCGGAUAAACGCCUACAGGGCGCUGGCUUCACCGUCCUUGAUAGCUCUUUCGUCAAAGGAUCCUAUUUUGACUGCCUUUGAACUCUCCUGGGAACUUCGAAGGCUCUCUUUUCUCGAGCACGAAUUCAAGUGCGAAUAUCAGGAGCUUAGAAGACAGUGCCAAGACUUCGCCACUGCCUUGCUGGAUCACACUAGAAGUUCCAAGGAGCUGGAAAUCUUGCUGAAUCACGAUCCCACCGGGCCGGCUUUCGAACACGGGGAGAGAAUGCAUCUGAAUCGUCUGAAACUAGCGAUCAAGUUCAGACAGAAAAAGUUCGUGGCGCACCCAAACGUGCAGCAGCUUCUGGCAUCGAUCUGGUACGAGGGCCUUCCAGGCUUCCGACGGAAAAACAUGGUCCUCCAAGCGCUAGAGAUCGUCCGUAUCGGUGUUCUCUUUCCAUUCUUCAGCGUAGCGUAUAUCAUCGCACCCCACAGCGUAGCGGGCCAGACCAUGAGAAAGCCGUUCAUCAAAUUCAUCUGUCACUCGGCAUCCUACUUCACGUUUCUUUUCAUGUUGAUCUUGGCUAGUCAAAGAAUAGAAAGCGUGAUUGGCGGCUGGACAGGCCAGGACGUCGUGGAACAGGAACAAGCGCCGACGAAAAGGGGCGCUGCGCCGACGAUCGUUGAAUGGUUCAUUCUAGCUUGGGUAUCCGGCUUGAUUUGGUCCGAGGUGAAACAACUGUGGGACGUUGGACUCGAAGAGUACGUGAACGACAUGUGGAACGUGAUCGACUUCGUCACAAACUCAUUGUACGUUGCAACCGUCGCGCUAAGGGUGGUGGCUUACUACAGAGUCCAGAAGGAGAUGAUCGAGUUGCAUCGCGAAGAAUGGGACACGUGGGACCCCAUGCUCAUAUCCGAGGGUCUCUUCUCCGCUGCCAAUAUAUUCAGCUCUUUGAAGCUCGUCUACAUUUUCUCCGUGAAUCCUCACCUCGGCCCCCUGCAGGUCUCCUUGUCCAGAAUGGUGAUGGACAUUAUGAAAUUCUUCUUCCUCUACGUGUUGGUGCUGUUCGCAUUCUCUUGCGGUCUGAACCAGUUGCUUUGGUACUACGCUGUCAUGGAGAAGAAACGUUGUCCAUCUUUUUCUCCCAAUGCCAGCGUCCCGGCCGAUUCGAAUGCUUGCAUCGUUUGGCGACGUUUCGCAAACCUAUUCGAAACCGCGCAAACCCUCUUCUGGGCCGUGUUCGGGCUGAUCGACCUCGAGAGUUUCGAGCUGGACGGCAUAAAAUCGUUCACCAGAUUCUGGGGUAUGCUUAUGUUCGGCACGUACUCGGUGAUCAACAUCGUCGUCCUGUUGAACCUUUUAAUCGCCAUGAUGAACCAUUCCUAUCAAUUGAUCUCCGAACGCGCGGACGUCGAAUGGAAGUUCGCAAGAAGUAAGCUCUGGAUUAGCUACUUCGAGGAAGGUGGAACGGUUCCGCCACCGUUCAACAUCAUUCCAACCCCGAAGAGCAUAUGGUACAUGGUACAGUGGUUGUAUCGAAAGCUCUGUGGCCACAGUAGAGCUGCCAAGAAGGAACACAUGCGAACUAUCAGAAGGAAGGUGAAGCAAGCUUCCGAAAGAGACAUUCGGUACCAAAGCAUCAUGAGAAAUCUGGUGAGGCGGUACGUGACGGUGGAACAGAGGAAGGCUGAGAGCGAAGGCGUGACGGAAGACGACGUGAACGAGAUCAAGCAAGAUAUUAGCGCUUUUCGUUGCGAGCUGAUCGAGAUCCUGAAGAACUCCGGCAUGAACACGUCUACGGCAAGCGGCGCUGGGACUGACGGUAGCCUUAAAGAGCUGUCCAUAGGUUCGGGCGGUAAGAAGAACCGUCAGAAGGAACGCCGUUUGAUGAAGGGCUUCAAUAUCGCCCCUCAACCGAGCGGGAGCGGCAGUCUACCACCGGUCGACGAAUUCAUAGCGUCCCUUCAGGAGUCGCAACACGAGAACUCUCACGACAUAUUUGGCUCGACUCUGAGUGGCAUAUUUGCGCCCGGGACCACCGCUAGGAGAAGUCCUCAUCACACGAGCACAAAUAGCGUACCAGGACUAGGUACCAGGCGACAAUGUCGCGGGACGAGAGGAAGCUCGAGCAAGAAACGAUGGGAAAAUAUUAUCGAGGCGGCCAAGGCUGGCAGAGUUUCCAGGCUAAUCGGUAGAUCUCGUUCGGAGGAUUCCGUGUAUUCGCCGACGUUUGAGGACGGCGGUUCAAGGUCGGAAGGUUCCACGGACUCGAAGUCUUCCUUGGAAACUCCUGGCCACGAAGUGAUUCAGCCGCACCAUUCCCAUCACUCGCAUCAUGUGCAUCAUCACGAGGCGCAUCACGUAUUCGCCCAUGGUCUGGGCGCUCUCGCGGCAUUGCGAAAGAAACGGAAGAAAUUCUCAGCGUCCAGAUCGUCGGCUCCGGCCACGAAAAGUACCAACGGUUCGAAUCCGUUGAAUCCGAUCGCCUUGGCCUUCUAUUCGAGAGUGUCGAAGAAGAAGCCGUUGCACAGAGCCAGCAGCGUACCGACCAGGGCGCCAGAAUUAAGCCAGCAACCGAUCCUACCGAGAAGGCACGAGGGCACGCAAAGUCAACAACCUAGCAUCGACACGCCGGAAGGUGUCAGCGUCAGCGAGCAAUCGGUGGUCACCGCUGUUCCGCUAACGCCGUCAACGACCGAGGAGAGCAUGAUCGCCAGUGGUUCGAUCUCGGUAACCAUGAAAAGAAAUGGGUCCGCGACGCAGUUACAGCGACUUCCAGGCAUCGAGCUGAUAUCAGGCCACGACGUGUCCGGGGGGUGGCUUUGAAACGAUCCAUCGGUCGCUCAAGUGCGACGCGUCAGCUAGCCAAGAGGAAACGACUCGGACGUUCGCAAGUUUUCUUUUUUGUUUCCACCAGCCUUUCAAGGCUGGGACGACGACAUCGAUCGAAACGGAAUCUCACGAAAGAUUGCGUCGUCGUCAUUGGCGGCGGCGGCGGCGGCGGCACACGCACAAUGAUGCCUUUACUCGCGACGACGCACGAAACUAUAGAAAAAUUGAUCUAUCGUAUAAAUGAGUCUCGUCAACAACGCCCUUUCGUCGAUCCAUCGAUAGGUCAUCUUCACUUCUCUUCGAUCGAAAAGCACGACAUUAAUACGAGCGACGUGUUUCGUCGAUCGCGACAACUUUCCCACUUACGGGGAGAUUAGCUUUCGCGAUUCAUGGGCUCGAAAGCGUUUCCAAGCAACGAGCCAGAACGUCGUUGCUUAACGACGCGUGUUAGAAGUGCGAAUCCUUCUCAGACGAAAAAAGUUUCCUCGAGCAGAACGUGUUAGGAUUAACUGAAAACGACCAAACUUUCGUUGCGAUCAUCGAUAUCCAGGAACGUUUACGCAGUGAUCCUAUCUUGGGCUCAUUUUCUCGCAGUCUUCUCUCCUUUUUUUACGAGAUCGCAUCGUAGAAGUCAACUUUGUCGAUUUAAAACCAAAAUAUUGUUUAGGACCAGCGUUUAUCUUUAAAUCGCGUGGCGUCGCUCGUAAGCAAAUGUCGUUCGUCGGACGAUUUUGUACCGCGAGAAGAAAUAUCGGGCCAGACAAGAGUGUUUUCAUUUGUCGCGGACUCGAAAGUGGUAUCCUUCGAAACGACCACAACGUUGGAAACGAUUGUAUCCGUUCCGCGUCAUUCUAAGACCUGCUGCUGCUGAUGCUACUACUACUAUUACUACUACUAUUACUACUACUACUACUACUACUACUACUUCUACUACUACUACUAGUACUAUUACUACUACUACUACUACUGCCAGAAUGGAAGGGACAAGUGGGUUGACGGUAACAGUCUAGUCAGCACUAGUCAGACGAUCUCGUACGAAAGAGAAGAAAACGAAGUUUACUUUAGAGUUGGGGAGACGAUCAACUGGCUGCUCAAGACCACUCCCCCUACUACAAAUCAUGACCAAAUAGCGUAUCUCUAUAGCAGUGAUUCUUGAUUUGCGAAGCCAGCUGCAUUGUACCGCAAAUAUCUGGCGAUGGACCUAUAAUUCUUUGGAAAUUGUUACUAUGAUCGAUAGAUAUUUAGAUAGUCUUUCGCGAGCCGAUACGAUACGAUUUCUGCACCUUUUUUCCACCAUUUUACUCGUCGAUCGAAACUUUUAAAUUAAAUUGCAUUAAGACAAUGAGCUCAAAAAGUUAAGAACCACUGCUCUGCGCAGGGAAACAUGCUAAAGGGUUAAUCGAAUGGUGUGGUGAACAUAACGCUUCGUUAUCCUUGAACGGCCAGUUGAUUUUAAUCGGACCAGAGUCGCGAUGGCGUGUUAAACUAUAAGAGACAAUUGUAUUAGUACUAAUGAUAGAUCGGAGAAAAUUGUUAUCAUCGUUUUAGCAGGCUCGCAUAUACUUAAUUUAUUAUCCUAGUUGCUUCAGGAAGCUGGUCUACCGAAGAUCGAAGAUUUUGUAUCGUAUACCGAAACGACUUGGGGUUUCUUACUUUUUUAUUUCAAGUAUUCGACGAAAUCUAGUCAAACAUCUAAUCAAACGUUUUUUUUUGCGUUAACGGAACAAACCUCUUCUUCUAAUGCUCGGUUGAACAGGAAAAUUUAUUUCCCUCUAUCGAUCGUCAUUGGAGUAAAAGAAAAACACGUUUCCUUAUGUCGAAUUCACUGUGUCCGACAUGACUACACCGCGUAAAGAUGCAAUCGUUCGAUUAUCGUCUUCACCGAUCAUUUCGAUUGAUCGACGUUGCACGGUAUUUAUCGAAUAGAAGAAGAAGAUAGUUCAGGUGCUUGAAAAUUAGGGCAAUGGAUCUUCGACUAGUCGAUAUUCGUUUUCUAAUGGAAUCGUCGAUGGCUGAAAUUCGCUGACAGCGACGGCGGGUGAAAAACGAACAGGGAAGAAUUGCCUUCAACUUUCAAGGAAGUCGGAACACACGAAACUAUCGAAAACAAUUUCUUUCAUUUCACGUGACUCGUCGUGUUGCAUAUUUUAACGGACUUUGUUCUUAAUGUUUAUAAAAAUGUUCCGUUGGUGGUUCACGUAGCAAGGAAGAUGAGGUAACAGUGUCACGACCAAAAAAAUGGCCGUAGUAUAGUCGAGUAGAGGCCUAAAAGAGACGAAGAUCCGUACUACUUCCUAGAUAUUACGUGUACGUAUGAUAAUAAUAAGUACUAUUAAUAUUAACGCGCUGCCAGGACCGAGGUAACACGCUGAGAAAAUCGUAGUCGGAAAACGAUUCGACUUCAUCGCGAUCCUGACAGGUCGUACGUCUAGUAAUUAUACCGCCUACGUGUAUUAUUAAUGAGAUUAUUAUUGUCAAUGUAAAGAUAGAUGUCCACUUGGCAAAAGUCGUAGUGAAUGUUACAUUGUGAGCGGUUAUUGUUGUAAAAAAAAAAAAAAAAAAUAGGAAAAUCAAAUGAAAAGAGAUCGUCGACGAUGAACAGACAAAAAAUCAACCGAACAAACACAAAACGGAACCAACUGUUUUAUUAACGAAAUAAGCCAGCGAACAAAAAUAGAUCGUAUCCUUUAAAAACGAAUAAUAGUUACGCGAAUUUUACGGAAUUUUUUUACAAAAUCGAAAUUAAACGUAUCCUGUUCGGAACAGGAUCGGACUUCAGAAUUAGGUGUUCGAAGCUUAGUGGAAAUUUUGAAUUAUCGCAAAACCAUAAGAGUAUUUGAUAUACAUAUGUAGCUAUACGAGUUUUGUACAAUCAUCAAAGUACGAACCGAGACAUCGAUGUUAAACGGUUACGAAUCGAUAGAAGAAGAUCGAAAAAUCGAUCAAGAAAUAAAGGUACGAUUAGUCGAAGAGAUUAAUAUCGAAAAGACCGUAGAGCUCGUUUGUACUAACAGUACGAUCGAUCUUACGUCGACGAGUACUGUACACGUUUCUCCGUAGCCACGAAAGCAUAUAAGAAUUCUCUUGUCUCAGUUGCGGAACAUUUGCU